UCUGUUAUCUACACGGUGCACAGUGAUUUUGUUUGAAAAGAACAUAUUUCUCUGUUUUUUAAGUCUUAGUGCUCUAGAGCUUGGUUAUCAAUACCAUUCCAGCAUUUUUAGUGUUUUUGCUACUCAUUCAUCUUUAAUCUUAGCAAUUUCUGCGUUGAUGAUGAUAAUUCAUGUACUUUCAUGGCCAGACUGAUGAUGUUGAUCCAAUGAUGAAUAACCAAGGUGGUUUCGAAAUCUAUGUAAAAUUCUUUUGUUUUUCAACUUAUUUCAAUUGAGACAAAGAUUCUCUGACAUGCCGUGCUUCACCGGGUACAAACGAAUAUUGUUCGACUCAGUUCUUUCUAGCAUUUUAACUCCGGUUUUAAUACUUUUUGCUGCACACGGUCUGAUCUCUUCAGUGGUAAUUUUCUCGACCAUAUCUUUGUGCCUCUAUUACACCACUUGUGUUGUUAAUAGACUGAAUAGGACAGUACCAUUUUUCUUCAUUUGGUUCAUUACGUCUAUCAUUUACAUUCUAAUCAAUUUUGAAUUUGUUGUUAGUCCUUUACUUUUGACAGAUUCCAGCGAGAAUUUUUUAUUCCUAUCACUGAUAUCUUUAGCCCUUUACUGUCUUAUUUAUUCCAAGUUUUUAAGCUCUCAAAUAUGUCAGUCUUCUCCUUGCACCAAAAGUAAUUGCAGUGCUCUUCUUCCUGGGGAAAACAUCGAUACAGAAAGUGCAAGUCGGAAAUGGUCCAGUUUGACACCUGAUCCGUGUCCAUUUUUUGGCAUGCUACCUUUCUGCAAAACAACACGCUGUUAUUUCUGCAAAGCUUUAACGUUUUCAAAACAACAGUACUGUCAAUGGCUUGACUGUCAUAUCAGCUCUAAGAAUUUUGACUUCUAUAUCAUAGGUCUCAGUUUGCUGGCAUGUGGACUGUUUUUCUAUACGUACCUCAUCAUCAUUUCUGCUUGUCAUUAUCACCUGUUAUUCUCGAUAGCUGGGAUUGAUAUCUAUUUUCCAGAUGAUUGCAGUGAUGUCUAUUAUGAUUUGUCGGUUGCAUUUUGUUUUGCUAGUGGCAUAUAUUCUUUACUCUUAACAUGCAUCACAGUUUAUACCCUUGUGAAGGACUUCUUAUUCCUCAUCAAGUCUACGCCUUCCACAGCAAACAGACUUACAGGUUUAAGUAACAGACUGAAUCUUUCGGAUGCUGAUCUAAGUCAAAGUCUUGUUGACCUAUAGGUUUUGCCUUUAGGCAAAUCCGCUGAAUGUCAUAAAAGAAGCAAUCAAUAACAUAUCCUCUCGAUCCAAGUUGUAAGUAAACCAGUAACAAUUAAUUUAUUAGGUCCCUUAUUUUUCCUCUCUAGUAUUUUUCAUUGAAAAUCAAGCAUGUAUUUAGGUUUAUUGUCUCUACAGGGACCCAAAUCCUCUGUUUUUAUAAUAUAUCAACAUUCCCAUUUUUCUUUAAAAGUAAUCAUUUCAGCCAUUGGAAACUAAGUAAAGACAAAAUUUCGUCGCUGACCCAUUUCAAAGUUUAACCACUUUUUUACUUUUAUGCAUACAUUUAACUAAGUUUUUUCCUGCUUCAAGAAUGUUUUUCUUACUUAGAGGUAAAAGUAAUAAGUUUGAAAUCAGCUUGAGUCGGUUGAGUUUAUCGUAUAGGAAUGCUCAUUAUGUAUAGAGAAAAUUUUUCCAUUAAUACUUUCUCAUUCCUUUUAAACUUACAAUAAAUAUUGAAGCUCUGUUCCCCUCCUAACUCCCAAACUGUUUUUGUCUCUUAUGCAUUGAAAGGAGACUACUUGUUGACUUAUUAACAUGUGUAAGCAUCAAAACCUAUUGCCAGCAAGAGCAACGAUUGAUCUCUCCACAUUUACAGUAUUUUUAGUCCCUCUUUUUUUCCCUAUAAUUUUUACUGAGUAGGGCAUUUCAUCAUCGGAAUAUUUCCUUAAGCCAGGCCUCGUUCAUUUAAACUGGCUUUGUAUCACAAAUUCUGAGAUAUUAAAGCUUUCCAAGAGUCAAAUCCAAAGUAUUUCAAAGGAGGGAAAAAAGUAGGCAACUUAUUGAAAAGCUGUGUAUUUAUAAAAAGAUAGUAAAAUCUGAACUCAGUCUUUUCAUUCUCUGAUUGGUCUGAAAUUUAAACAUUUUGAUUGAUGUACAUAGGUAUAACUUGUAUUCUUUAACAUUAAGUAACUAUUAUACUUAUCACUGUCUCCUUUUCGAUAUUUUAAAAUAAGAUUAUCAUGAGAAGGGCUGGGUGCACUAGCUUCUUACAUUAUUUGUAGGAAGACUUAUUUUGUAUUUCAUUUUUGUAUUUUUCUUGAGAUGUCUCAUGAAAAUUUGUUUGUACUUAAUGUGACCUGUGAUAAAUUUUUGGUAAAACUAGCUUACCCUCACAAGAUGACACUCUCUAGGUGUACACCUCAGCAAUGUGACACCAACAGAUCAGUUUAAUUUUUGGUGAAUUUAUCGCCAAAUUUUUACAUCCUGAUUUACAUCAUGGUUUAUUUUGUGACAAAGAUGACAAUCAUUUCUGGGGAGUACGCCUAACGGUCUGGAUGUGGUUGAGCUGGCUUUAAUGCUUGCAUGAAUUAGGAUAGGCACAAAAAUUAGUUUCCAAAAAACUUCGAUUUUUUUUUCCUAAACUAAGAUGAUGACGAUCAUGACGAUCAUGACGAUAUAACCUCAAAACAAGGGUGAAGAGUUAUUUGCGACCAAAGGAUUAAAAAAAUUAGAAGAAAGAGAAGCAGAAUUUCAAUGCAACAAAGGUACUUAUCCAAUGCAAUAAAGUAGUCAAGUGCAUUUAAUGCAACGAAAUCUCAUUUUUUUCCCUUUCACUUUGUUAACUUAUUUUAGGUGAUUCUUUGCACUUAUCCAUAACAACCAUCUUGAUCUAAACAAAAAAAUCAGAAUUCCUCCCGAAUUUUCAUGUAUUAAAUUGAAUAUAUAUCAUUUUGAUCAUAAUCAAGUCCUAACUUUAACAUAUUGCGUCCGUCCAGUCAAAUUGCUUUAUAUCCUACUUUUAAAAAUUGGGGGAAGAUCUUUUAAUUUGCCUUUGUCAUGAUAGUAAAUGCUUGUGAUUGUUAACUUAAAAUUAAUUUGUUACCAUUUUCAAACCUAAAAGGCUAAAAAAUACAAGUUUUUAAAAAAAUA